AUGUCAUUGGUAAACAAAUCGGUGCGAGAGCUUUCGCAAAUCCAACAUUUCUACGGUUUUCGUUACGUCUUGAAUCCGCUCAUUCACGAACGAAUAUUCGACAAGUUGAAGGUAUCGAAGCUGUACCCACACUCAGACCGUCUCAAAGUCUUGGAUCUUUAUCCAGGUCCCUCGCAGCAUUCUGCUGUCUUCUAUAAUCGGUAUAAACCUACUCAGCAUGUAUUGAUGGACUCGAGGCCCGAUUUUGUCAAGCACAUCUCUGAGUUCAUUGUACACAAUAAAGGCUGCGAGUCGGCCAUGCAACUAUACAAGCACGAUCCGUAUGAUUGGCAAGCGUACACUGACUUGAUAGAAGUAGACAAGAUUUUGACUCCGAGCACCAUGGGACGUGAGUCCAUUCACGACAAAUUCCUCGUCAUGGCCAAUCUAACCGGUAUGAUAGGUGAGGGCCUCUUCAUGCAAUGGCUGGCCUGUAUAGGAAACCGUAAUUGGCUGCAGCGUUUCGGCCGUGUCAGAAUGCUUGUAUGGGUCCAACAGUGUACAGCUGUCAAACUUCUAGCGAAGCCCGGGGAUCAGUUAAGGGCCAAAUGCUCCCUAGUGACCGAAGCUUUUACAGAAACCAAACUGUUGGCUGCUGCCACAAACACUAAGAAGUUGAGUGGAAACUCAAAAAUUUCUGAGAGCAUGUUGGCCGAGCAUCAGCCGGUCAUGUUCGAACAACAGGACGUGUGGCCACCAAGUGGUAAGCCCAUCUGUCUUUUGGAAAUCAACCCAAAGAAUCACACAAUCGAACUCGACAACUUCGACUAUGUUUCUAAGCAUAUGAUGAUUCUGAAAAGCACACCGCUGUUUGAUUCAUUGGAUUCACUUGGCCAUGGCGGCAAGGAAUACUUUCGAGAGGUCGUCAAAGAUCAGAAACUUCUUGCAAAGUGCCCAAAGGAUUUGACGCUACACGAGUUUCUGCAUAUUACUGAACUAUUUGAUAAGUGGCCAUUCAAGCCUGACAUCUACUUGGACUUUAUAGACGUGUUCCAAGAAAACGAUUAG